AUGUUAAGUUUCCUGCGACGACCUCCGGAUCCGAAGCAGGAAGACAAGAGGACUCAGAUCUUUGGCUUCGUUCUUAUCGCCAAUUUACUGAUAAUUGGCGCAUGUCUGAUCGUUUGGAAGGUUAAUGCUAUCAGUGACGUAAGUUGGGAUUUAGGAUUUUUUAGAGUUAGUUUUAGGCUUAGGCUUAGGCUUAGGCUUAGGCUUAAGCUUAGGCUUAGGCUUAGGCUUAAGCUUAGUCUUAUGCUUAGGCUUAGGCUUAGGCUUAGGCUUAGCCUUAACCUUAACCUUAGCCUUAACCUUAGCCUUAGCCUUAGCCUUAGCCUUAGCCUUAGCCUUAGCCUUAGCCUUAGCCUUAACCUUAACCUUAGCCUUAGCCUUAGCCUUAGCCUUAGCCUUAGCCUUAGCCUUAGCCUUAGCCUUAGCCUUAGCCUUAGCCUUAGCCUUAGCUUUAGCCUUAGCCUUAGCCUUAGCCAAUUCAAAUUUUCAGGUGAACAUAGCCUGUGCCAUUUUAAUUUUCGCAGCAUUAGCCGGACUGGGAGUUUUAUUUUGUAUGUCAUGCCUUUUGUUUUGUAUGGUCAGUAAAGAGGAUGCGGAUCGUAAGCUUGACAUACAAACCGUAUAUCCAACACCAGAGUUCACUUACUUUAAUGGUACUAUGCUCAAUCAGCUGAAUGAAGAAAAUGGCAAAGAUGCUUUUCCUGGCAGUGGUAAGGACUUUGUUUACAAAACAAAAAGUAGCACGAACUUUCUUUACAAAACUUAAAAUGGCAAGACCUUUCCUUAUAAAACAAAAAAUUGCAAGAACUUUCUUUACAAAGCAAAAAAUGGCAUAAACUUUCUUUACAACACAAAAAAUCGCAAUAACUUUCUUUAUAAAGCAAAAAUUUGAUAAUUAGGUAACAAAAUUCCCUUUUUCAGUAUUCUCAAUGUUAUCCACAGCGCCAGCGGACUCCAAGGCGCAGAGCUUGGAAACGGUCUCAUCAAACCACUCAAUUCUUUGGCCCAAAAACAAGCCUCCGGCCGCUUUGAGCGCCAACAACACAAACAAUCAGUCGGACUAUCUACGUAUUUAUUAG